CUGUGCCCACUUGCAAGGCCCCUUAGCCCGGCCCCAGCACCCCCAGGUGUCAGCUCUCCAGCCUCCAAACCGGCUCCUUAGUCCCUCCAGCACCCCCCAACCUACAUCCCGCUGCCUCCCCAAGCCCCGGCCCUGGGCACGCCCCGCCCGCUCCUCCUCCCCUGCCAGGGGCCGGCCCGCGCCGCGGCUCCUCCCCGGGCGCCUGCGCCUGCGCCUGCGCGGCGCUGCACCCGGUCUUCCGCGGGGCGAGCAGGAGCCGGCUGGGAUGAUUGUGGAACUAGACAAAACGACUGUGCGAAUGAAAAAUCCUGACCAUGUGAGGGGGAUAAUCUCAUCCAUCAAGAAAGAUGGAGUAAACAAACUGCAGGUCAUUUCUGACUUUGACAUGACGCUGAGUCGGUUUGGAUGGAAUGGACGGCGGUGCCCUACUUCGCACAAUAUCUUAGAUAACAGUCAAGUCAUUACUGAAGAAGGCAAGAAGCAGUUAAAAGAUCUGCUGCACUAUUACUAUCCCAUUGAAAUCGAUCCCAACCGGACCUUGGAAGAGAAAUGCCCGCUCAUGGUUGAAUGGUGGACUCGGGCCCAUGACCUCCUAUCCCAGCAGAAGAUUCUGAAGGGAGACAUUGCCCAGAUAGUCAAAGAAUCGGAGGUGAUGCUGAGGGAAGGAUUCAAUGAAUUCUUUGAUCAGCUUCAUAAAAACAAUGUGCCCCUGUUCAUCUUCUCGGCUGGUGUGGGCGAUAUCCUGGAAGAAAUUAUCCGCCAGGCCAAUGUUUUCCACCCAAACAUCAACGUGGUGUCCAACUACAUGGACUUUGAUGACAAUGGCAUCCUGAGAGGUUUCAAAAGGCCACUGAUCCACACCUACAACAAGAACAACACGGUCCUAAACAAUACAGAGUACUUCCAGCAGCUGAGCACCAAGACCAGUAUCAUCCUGCUGGGAGACUCCAUGGGAGACCUCACCAUGGCAGAUGGCGUCACCAACGUGAAGAACAUCCUCAAGAUUGGAUUCCUGAAUGAUAAGGUGGAGGAGCAUCGAGGAAAGUACCUGGAGUCUUAUGACAUUGUACUGGAGAGAGAUGAGACGCUGGAUGUGGUCAAUGGCAUCCUUCGCUACACCUUCAUAGAAACCUGAGCGUGGGACCUGGGAUCCCAACUCCGGCCUCUCAGGAUGGCCCCUGGGGACACUUUCCCCAUUGCUCAGUCAGGGAUUUUCUGAUGCCAUUUUGAAUCCAUCCCAAUGCCCUUGGCAGCUGCCCCUUCCCCCCACCUGGGCAGCCUUGUGUUGUGUCCAUCACCAAGUUUUAUCAAACUGCUCCUUUUGUUGAUGCUGGAAUUAGAGGCUGAGCUCCUCCAGACUGCCCUCUCCCCUGAUCUCUGCACACCACUGCAAAAACUGCAGCCCCAAACCCACACAGCUCCAGGGCUAUAGAUGUUCUAGAAGCUCUGAAGCAAACUGGAUGUUGGGUGGAGACACCCUUGGCAACUGCACACAGAAGUAGGAUCUCUGCUGAGCCCCAGGCUUGAAGACAAACCUUCUUCCAUUGGUUUGGGCCUGUUGGGUUUUGCUGCAUCAGCUCCCUUUGUAGGAAAGCAGCUGCCUCACUCUUGGUUUUCUGGUUGUGUGUUGCAUGCGAAUUGCAAAGCACCCAGGCUGUGCUGUAUCAAGUGGGUCAGUGGCACUGCAGCCUUUCAGUCUGCUGGUACGGGUGAGUGCCUGCAUGGUCAUCUGCUGAGGAAACCCUCUAGAUCUGCUGUCUUGUAGCCAAGCCAGCUCCUCUAUGCUCUCCCUGGUCAGUGCUCUGCUCCUUCUACCCUAGUAUUUUGGGGGUUUGUUUGCAAUGCUGCCUUCCGGUGUUACAUGCUGCCUAUGAGUUAAUUUAGAGCGCACUGCUCUGAUCCUCCUGCACCCUGGGAAACCAGAAGGGCUGAGCAUACAGACCCUCAGCAUUAGAAACCGAGCCUGGAGCAAGAGCAAAAGACAUGAUGGACCUGUGUUAGACCACAGGUGAGCAAUAGCAUGUGCAUAGGAGGAGGCCUUAAGGUUGUAACUUGGAACAUGGAAAUCCAGAAUUUGUGAGGGGUUUGUGUGGUCCUGAUACUGUAUGGUCUCCAGGGUACCUGCUCUUUGACUGCCUCUGGGACCUGCUCAUGGGAUGAGACCUGGGUUUAGCUGUUACUAGGGAGAAGGAGGGUUUUGCUUAGUGGCUUUCCAAGUGGCAGGAGGACUGGAUUGAAGUGUGCAAUGAAUCCUACUUGGAAAUGGCUCAUGCAAGGCUUCCCCAGUCAUUCAGGCUGGGCUUUGGCUUGCAGCAACUGCAAUUAAUUUGCCAGGAAGUGGGUUUGUCUUGAAGGGGUCGGAGUCUGAGGUGAUGAACAGUAGGGUACAGUGUGCAGUGGUUGCCAUGCAGCUGUAGGGCUCUGGGGUAGUCAGUUUGAAGGCUGUGGGGCAGGAGGAGGGAGCGAUCACUGUGUUGUCUUGUUUAGUUUUUACAAAGCGUUUUGGCAAGCUGUUCCAGUAGAACUGCUGGGUUUUAAAAGCAGCACAUUGUGUGUCAUAAAUAGCCUCUAUUUUUGUAAAAUUUCCCAUGGAUCAUACAUAAAAGAAAACCAGCCACACCCUCUGCAACCCUGUUCUCCAGGAUUCCCUUUGGGAGUGACAGCUGGAUGGGAUUGAAAUAGAGGUGACUGAGUGGGGAUUCUCUGACUCGUGUGAUGCUUAUCUUCUGAGACAGAACAGCCCAGGGACAGAGCUGGGACCUGGAAGAUGUGCGCAUUUAUACUUGUGUGAAGUUUCCUUUAUAAAUACUUUCUAAAGUCUGUUUGCAGUCAGGAAUCGGUACCUUGUCCCUGUGUGGGGUUUGGCAUGAAUGCUGGUGGCUUCAUAGGUGCCCAGCUUAUGGUGUGAGCUCUGGCUUCACUGGCAUUUGACUCUUAUGGGGAAACCAGAAUCUUAAACUCCAGGCAUGGCACCAUCCAAGGUACAAGUAGUUUUUUGUCAGUGUGGCUGUGACAUGCUGUUAUUUGCAUGUGUUCUGCAACAGUUUGGGGUCAAAGCCUUUCUCAGAGCUCCUUCAUUCACCUUUUAAAACUCCAUCUCCUUCCACACUAGUCUGGAAGAUACAGGAGCUUGAGUUGCAUAAGAAGUGACUUCUAUAUCUCUUCCCCAAGCUGCCUCAUCUGCCCAACUGUGAUGGAAGGAACCUUAUUUUGUCAGCUCUGCUAAUUGUUAAUAAUCCUGUCCCUGGAGCAGUGGUGCCCUUUGUCUCCUGGUUGUUUUGCUGUGGAGGGCUCACAGCCUAUUUCCCUGUGUUGUUUGAUAACAGAAAUGUCACUUUUUGAUCUGCUUGUAAAUUCUGGCCUGGGCUCACACAGUUAUGUGGCUCACUCCCUGCUCUCUGUUUCACAGCUGGAUGUGGGUUUUAUUCCAUGUUUUAAAAUAAAUAUGUUGGAUAAAAAAGGCA